AUGACACUGUCCCGCCAAGCCUGUACAUAUGUACUAGACUUUUGGGCCUCACACUUCACGACAACACGAUAUAUAAUCGUCUUGCUAGACCAAACAAAGCUUCUCGCUCUUGUGGCGACUAAAUUUGAUUCACCACGCUCCGCAAAUGAAAUAGGUCUUAUCUCUGCGGAAGUCUUAGACAGCGCUGGUUUAGAACAGGGUUUCGUCCGGGAUUUCCUCAUAUCAGUUCGUCGACCAAAGGCGAACAUCAAAUACGUAGCGCCAGGUCUCCGUCUCCCUACGGAAGUGGGCUUCUUGCCACACCCGCUUCAGAAUCUCGAGAUUCCUUCCCUAUUCGAAAAUGACAUUCUCCCAAUUCCCUUGUUUGUCUCAGACACUAAGUCAACCACUCCUAUUUUUGAGAACUACCCUUUCCAAGACAUCUCCAAUCUACCGCACGGCCUAUGGACAACCUACGUCGACAAAGAUGGCGAGCACGAGUUUGAAGGCGGUUGCAAACUCUGCCUCCAAUUUGAGACUGGUGCAAACGGAUUUUCGCGACUAACAGAAGAUUCGUUUAUUAGAGAGCAACUUGAUAGUCGGGGCGUGGCAAAGUAUAGUGGUCGGAGGACUGAAUUGUACCAAGCGGGGUAUAAUCAUUAUGUCCUCGCGCAUGCGCCGCAGUUGGGAUAUAUUUAA